UUCAUGGAUAGUUCACGAAACAUCACAGAAUUUUUCAUGCUGGGACUCUCACAAAAUCUUCAGAUGCAGAGGGUUUUGUUCGUGCUUUUUCUGUUUGUAUACCUGGUCUCUGUUGCGGGCAACUUACUUAUCAUGAUCACUAUUACAUCCAGCCCCACCUUGGGCUCCCCUAUGUAUUUUUUCCUCUCAUGUUUGUCUUUUAUUGAUACUUGUUAUUCUUCUUGUAUGACUCCCAAACUCAUUGCUGACUCCCUGCAUGAGGGGACAACCAUUUCUUUUGAGGGCUGUUUGGCCCAGUUCUUUGUUGCUCAUUUAUUGGGAGGAACUGAGAUCAUUCUGCUCACGGUGAUGGCCUAUGACCGCUAUGUGGCCAUCUGCAAGCCCCUGCACUACACCACCAUCAUGACCAGGCACCUCUGUGCCAUGCUGGUGGCCGUGGCUUGGCUGGGGGGUUUCCUGCAUUCAUCCAUUCAGCUCCUCCUGGUCCUUCAGUUGCCCUUCUGUGGGCCCAAUGUGAUCAAUCACUUUGUGUGUGACUUGUACCCUUUGCUGGAGCUGGCCUGCACCAACACGUAUGUCAUUGGCCUGCUGGUGGUGGCUAACAGUGGUGUGAUCUGCCUGUUGAACUUCCUCAUGCUAGCUGCCUCGUACAUUGUCAUCCUGCGCUCACUGAGGUCCCACAGUGCAGAGGGGAGACGCAAAGCCCUGUCCACCUGUGGUGCCCACUUCACUGUUGUUGCCCUGUUCUUUGUGCCUUGUAUAUUUAUUUACAUGAGGCCAUCAUCUAUUCUGUCCAUAGACAAAAUAGUGGCCGUGUUUUAUUGUAUUUUGACACCCAUGUUCAACCCCCUGAUUUAUACUCUGAGAAAUGCAGAGGUGAAAAAUGCUAUGAAGAAUCUCUGGAGAAAAUGA